AUGGGUGGGUGCAUUAGUGUAAAUAGGAACACUGAAGGUGAAACGUUUGAUGCUUCAACACCGUCACGUCCCGCCACAGGUCCGGGAAUUGUCCCGACACGGAAGAACUACCCACUAUGCCAUGAAACCAUUCGGUGGAAAAGUGAUGUGCCACUAACAGAAGGUCAGCUGAGGAGUAAACGCGAUGAGUUUUGGGAUACAGCUCCAGCUUUUGAGGGACGCAAAGAGAUUUGGGAUGCCCUGAGGGCAGCUACUGUAGCUGCUGAAGCGCUGGAUUUCCCACUUGCUCAGGCAAUCCUCGAUGGGGCAAAUGUAUCUGUGCCCAAUGGCUACCUCACAGAGUGCUAUGACGAAUUAGGGACGCAAUACAAGGUUCCCAUCUACUGCCUGUCAUAUCCCAUUAACAUUGUCAAGGAGGACAAUGGUCGGGAUUCGCCAGCAGAAUAUUCAGAACCCGUGGAUGGCGGGGCAGAGGUUGUGCUCAAGCUGAGACUCAGCUCAACGUGUACAGAUGUGAAAUUGUCCGUCUAUUCCAAGGACACUAUCGGACAGUGCAAGAAGAAAUUGCAGAGUCAAGAAGACAUCGAUGCAUGCUGCCAGCGAUGGUUCUAUGGAGGCAAAUUACUUGGGGACAAAAUGCAAGUGGAGGAAGCUCACAUCCAGCCAAGCUAUGUUGUCCAAGUAAUUGUCAAUACGGAACAUUAUCGACAUGGAGUGAAUAGCUAGCCAAAAUCGGUGAUAAAAUUAAUUUAUUUCUAUUUUAUACUGCGAAAUGGCAAAUAAUUUUUUUAAUUCAAUUAUUUAGAUAUUCUCUCUGUGACUGUCGCUAAAAUCACAUCUUAUCUAUACUAUUACAUAUACUCAAAAAGAGAAAAAAAAGAAACUAACCUGAGUCACAAAGAGACUCUUAUCAUCCUGACCCAUCACAGACACAUUUAAUAACCCCAGAGAGAUGAAUAAUUUGUGUAUUAUAGUAAUCUCUGAAUUUCUUUUUAGAAAUUUAUUAAGUAUUCGUAAAUAUCUAAUAUUAACUUAUUGAUUAAUGAAAUGGAAAGAAAGGGCAUUACAACACAUUGAAAGAGACAUAAACAUAUCCCAUGAGCGAACCAUCACAAUUGGUUUAAUCGAUUUUUUCAUCACAAUAUUUUUCAUAUUACAAUACCAAAAAAAUGAUUACACGAUAAUGGUUUAAUGAAGAUUUUGGCUGUAGGGCCCACAUAUUCUGAUCAUUUUGUCGCUCAGAGAUUAAAAAGAAAGACCAAUCGUGAAAUGAAAAAAGGUGUGUAAUAUGUGAAAAAUCGAUAAAUCGAAAAGAUAAUUAUAAUAUUUUAUUAGGAAAUGAUGAACAUGAAGAAAUUUAUGUGAAAUAAAAUAUAGGAGACAUUCCAGUGAA